AAAGAAGAAGAUGCUGAUACUGAAACUGUUGGUGGUAUCGAGCGUCUGCUGGAUGUGCAAGUGCGAUUUGCUGGACCUGUACGUCCAGCACAUGGACGAGACGAUGAGGACCAUGGCGUACAGAAGUAGGCACCAUCCGAAGGACAUUUCGUCGCGAAUAAAGAGGAGUCUGCGAGAAGAACCGGUGCUCAGGGUUGGCACGUUCAAGAAGCAGCGUUUGGACGUCGACAAAGAGUGGUACGCGCAGUGGAAGGCGAAAAGGAAAAUCCCUUACAAGGACGAUGCGUUAGACUUCCCGAACUCUAAGGAGGAGAACCUUGACCCGGAUCAACACGAACUGUUGCACAACCGAACGAGGGACUCCGAAGAAACGACGAUGAAGAACGAGACACCUCUCGACACGUUCGACAUAGAACUCUUCAACGAGGAGUCCUCCAGGUUGAACGACACUUGGAAACGAAUGAGCGAAGAUCCAAUGUUCGAGUCUCGAGAAGAAACCACGCAAGUCGACGAAAUCGAGGGAAACUCUCAGUUCGAGAUCAUCAGCGAGUCUGGAACAGCUCCCAGUCUCUUCGACGAUCCUAUAUUAAAAAGAUUACCGAAAUCGAGAGACAGGGUACCGAAGAAGUAUAUUCCUUCUACGAGUAAGUUAGCGAAGCUUCGUGGCUCGAAGUACCUGGAUAUCGAGGACACGGUGGACAACAGACCACGAAGGAGCAUCAAGGAGCCAAAGUUCACCAGACACGAGAUACUGGAUGACAACGGCGAGGUCGUCCUCGAGUGGGAUCCCUCCGACGAGAAGAUGGUCACGUUCAAGGUCACCGCGAAGACCUUGGGCUACGUUAGCAUCGGCUUCAACGAGAAGAAUCACAUGAAGGGGGCUGAUAUCCUGCUCGCUUGGGUGGACGACCAGACGGGCACCGUCAAUCUGCUGGACUCGCACGGAAUCGAGGAUCCAGACGCCGCCUUGGUUACAGACGCGUCUCAAGACGUCAAAGUGAUAGGAGGCUCGCAAAACGAGACGCACACGAGCGUAAUCUUCUCGAGAAACUGGCAGACAUGCGAUCCCCAGGAUCAUCGGCUUACGGGAGACACGAUUCGAGUCCUGUGGGCGCUGCAUCAAAGCGAUCCCGAGCUGAACACCGCGAUUUGGCCAGGCGACAAACGCGGAGGUCGAGCCUUGCGCCUCAAAACUCCAGCUCCGCAUUCGCCGCCGCAGCACACGCAAGACAUCAAACACUGGGACGUAAAGUUGAAUCAACCCCCGGUUUCAGACAACACGGACACCACGUACUGGUGCAAAAUCUUCAAGGCGCCUCAUAAGGAGAAGCAUCACAUGAUCGGGUAUACGCCUUUGGUCGAGAAAGAGAACGAGGAUCUAGUUCAUCAUAUAAUAUUGUACGAAUGCGCCUCGACCUUACCGAUCCUGGGACAGCACGCGAGGCUCGUCGGUGCACCUUGCUACAGUCCCACGAUGCCUCGAGAAUGGGAAUCCUGUUUGCAACCUGUCCUUGCCUGGGCCCGCGGCAGCGCAGGCGAAUGGCUUCCGGAACACGUCGGUAUACCCAUCGCGGAACAUUCAGAAGGUUCUUACUACAUGCUGGAGGUACAUUAUAAUAAUCCUGCUAUGAAGAAAGUAGUCGACAGUAGUGGUGUGCGACUUCACUUGACACCGAAGCUUCGUCCUCAAGAAGCGGGAAUUCUCGUGGCAGGUGUAGCCGUCAGUCCUCUUCAUCUGAUACCUCCGAAGCAGAAGGAGUACGCGACGGCAGGAUACUGUACUCCUCACUGUACGAACACGAUGUUCCCUGAAACCGGUGUGAACAUUGUCUCGGUGGCACUGCAUUCCCACCUGGCCGGUCGUCGUCUGAGUUUGAAACACAUUCGCCAAGGCAAAGAGUUGCCUAGGAUAGUUCAAGACAACCACUUCGACUUCGAGUACCAACAAUCUCACACGUUAGAAAAAGAAGUUAAGGUUCUUCCCGGUGACGAGUUGGUCGCUGAAUGCGUAUACGGCACCCUGGACAGGACAAAACCUACUUUGGGAGGUUACGCCGCGUCUCAGGAAAUGUGUCUCGCCUUUGUGGUGCAUUAUCCAAGAACACCGCUUGCUGCUUGCUACAGUAUGACACCGGUUAGGGACCUGUUCAAAACUCUUGGAGUGUACAGCUUCAAGGGAGUCACCAUGGACCAUUUGGAGAAACUGUUUCUGACCACCAGAACAGAUACAGUCACGAUACCUUCCACGGGAACACAGCAGCUUCCUGUUUAUCCAGCCACCAGACCGAGUGAAGAAAUCGACGAGGACCUCAUCAAGGAAGCAAAGUCGAUGUUAAAGGCUAUGGGAGACUACACGACGGAAGAAGAUAACGAUAACGUGUUCUCGAGACUGAUCAUCGAAAAACCUGAUGAAUUCAGAGGUCGAACAUUGGCGGAGCACAUGUUGGCAUUACCCUGGACUGAAGAACUCCUUGCAAGGUCUAUCGAAUGGAGCCUCUAUCACGGUAGACACUUGACCUUCUGUAGAAAAAGGGACGACAAACUUGCCUUGCCAGCGAAUAUCCAAAUGUUUCCAAAUUACACGGCGCUACCAGAAGCGAACGAAACAACGUGCAGCGACAUUGGAAUAUCAUCCGCCACAUCCAGAAGUUCGUACUCCGAUUUCCUCGCUUUCUUCACGAUCCUGAUCGCAACGAUCAUCGUGUCGUGAAGUUUAACCAGACUUAUGAACAUCUUGUACAUUAACGCAUCUUUCUCGCUCACGAAUCGUAACUGUUCGAAACAGGCUGAAAAUGAGCGGAAGUAUAAGAUAUAUGGGCAGUUCCUCUCUUCGUAGAGAGACAGCAAAAUUUUCGAAAAAUUUUGACAGUCCAAACAGGAUUUAUAUAUAGAUAUUAUAAUAUAUGUAAUGUAAUGUAAAUAUACCAUUAACAUAUUUAUAAGAUUCAUGCGCUACAAGCCUUCCUGUAUUUUAUAUUGAU